ACACUGACGGGACACUGACGGGACACUGACCGGACACAGACCGGACACAGACCGGACACUGAGGGGACACAGACCGGACACUGACCGGACACAGACCGGACACUGACGGACUGAGGAGCGGAAACAUCCGAGCAGCAGCUUCGGUUCUUCUACCGGAUCAGCUCGUGACGGUCCAACUGAACAGCUGAUCGACCAGGCACGAUGCAGUACUGCAGUACUCGUGGUGGCGUCCAUGGAUGGGACUUCAGGGACGUGCUGUUCUCAGGCUACGCUCCAGACGGGGGGAUGUUCAUGCCGGAGAGCGUCCCCGUGCUGAGCCCGGACACCGUGAGAGGCUGGAGGGGCCGGUCCUACCCCGAGCUGGUGGUGGAGGUCGCCUCACUGUUCAUCCCCAACCGGCUGAUCCCUCGACUGGACCUGGAGGUCCUGGUCACUGAAGCUCUGUCUGGUUUCUCGCUGCCUGAGGUCGUCCGAGUCGCUCGGCUGAAGGACGGACUCUCCGUCCUGGAGCUCUUCCAUGGAGAAACCUUGGCCUUUAAGGACCUGGCUAUGACCUGCACGGUGCGUUUCCUCGAGUACUUCCUGCAGAAAGAGAAUCGCAGAGCUACUGUUGUCGUGGGAACCUCCGGGGACACGGGCGGCUCGGCCAUCCAGAGCGCUAAAGGUCUGUCCGGACUGGACGUGGUGGUGGUUUAUCCUCAGGGACGCAUCACCCCCGUCCAAGAGAAACACAUGAUCACCUGCCUGGAGGACAACGUCCACGUGUUUGCAGCCGACGGCAGCUCUGAUGACAUCGACCAGCCUUUGCGGCGUCUGUUUGCGGAUCAGGAGCUUGUGAAGUCUCACGGGGUCAUGAGCCUCAACUCGGUGAACUGGUCGAGAGUCAUGAUCCAGCUCGCUCACUUCAUCUACGCCUACCUGGAGCUGAGCGGGGCAGAGCAGAGCGAGGCAGGUGCUGCUCUGCCUGAGCUGGAGGUGGUGGUGCCCACCGGAGGAGCAGGAAACAUCGCCGCUGGAUUCAUCGUCAAGCGAAUGGGAGUCCCCCUGAAGCUGGUUGCCAUGGUGAAUUCUAAUGACGUCGUUCACAGGGCCGUAACCGCAGGUGACUUUUCCAUGGCAGCUAAUGUCACACAAACACUGGCCCCCGCCAUAGAUAUCCAGGACCCGUACAACAUGGAGCGAGUGUUUUGGCUUCUGUUGGACAGAGACGGAGCCUCAGUGAAGAACAUGAUGGAAGAAUUUCAGAAUACUCAUAAAUACUCUCUGCCUGAAAACCACCGCAAGCUGCUGUCGCAGGUCUUAUCGACUGGAACAGUGACUGAUGAGGGGAUCCUGGAGACCAUGAGGAGAUGUUGGGAUGAGAACCAGUACGUCCUGUGUCCUCACUCAGCUGUGGCUGUUUGGCAGCACUACCACUGUCCUCCUCGCCCUGGAAGCAACAGGUGUUACAUCGCAACAGCGUCUCCAGCCAAGUUCCAGGCCGCGGUGCAGCGGGCCGGCCUGACCUUUGACCUACCUGAGGCGGUGCAGGCGUUGGACAAGUUACCCACUCGAUACCAGAUCCUGGAGCGGAGCCCGGACUGGUGCAAAGACUGGGAGCAGACACUGAGGGAGAAGAUCCAGUCUGUGAGCGUCUCCAGGAAAAACAGAGGGAUUUAACUCUAAUGAAGGACGUGAUGAUACUGUAGAUUCACUGCAGGAAUAAGACUCUGUGGCUGAGGUCAUGUGACUCAGGUUCUGAUCUAUGUACCUUCUUAUCUGGAUCCAGUAAAAGAUGAUCACUGCC